AUGCAUCCAUCGCGUGCAGCUCUCUCUCGUUAUACGUAUCCCGCGCCUCACACACUCUCCGCCCCACACCACUCCACUCCACUCCACUCGAUCCCCGCUCUCCUCUCCUCCUCCAUGGACAACCACCUCCGAAAGGCGCCCCUCCGGUCGUGGAAGAAGGGCAAGGGCCCCGCCCGCGGCAAAGGCGGCCCCCAGAACGCCUCCUGCCAAUACCGCGGAGUCCGGCAGCGGACGUGGGGCAAGUGGGUGGCCGAGAUCCGGGAGCCCAGGAAGCGGACCCGCCUCUGGCUCGGCUCCUUCCCCACCGCCGAGGAGGCGGCUUUGGCCUACGACGAGGCUGCCCGCCGCCUCUACGGCCCCGACGCCUACCUCAACCUUCCCCACCUCCGCGCCCACGGCGGCAAGCCACCCGUAAGGUUCGAGUGGUUUCCCUCCGAGAGGGACGCGUCCGUGAUGCCCGCCUGCGGCCUCCUCAACCUCAACGCCCAGCACAACAUCCACGCCAUCCACCAGAGGCUUCAAGAGCUCAACAACCCCAAGCCGCCUCCGCCGCCUCGUUGUUCCUCUUCCUCCUCCGCCUUGCCUCCGAGCUCCGCUGUCGGAGCGGUGGAGAAGCCUCAGAUCGAUCUCAAGGAGUUCCUCCAGCAGCUGGGAGUGCUGAAGCCGGAGAGCAAGGCGACGCGGGAGGAGACGGAUGAAAUGGCCAUCGGAUUGCACCCGAGCGACGACUUCAACUGGGACACGCUGUUGAUGGAAGCCGGCAGGUGGCAGCUCGACGACGAUGUGCAGCAGCAGCAAGCGGGCUAUCCUAUAUCCAUAUGGGACCUCUGAGACCCCACCGAGGAGUCGGCCGUUGGUUGCUCUAAUAUCAUAUUCUCAUGUGACUUUGAUAUCUUCUACGACGGGGAAGAAGAAGAAGAAGAAGUUGGUAAUGUAAACGAAGACACACCGAAAACAAUAAUUGGUUGGAUCAUCAGAACCACCGUAAUUUCGGUGUUCCUGCAGCCAACUUCUGUGGGUUUACACUCGAUCAUCAAACACUGGGAUCAUUAGAUCAUGGCAAAAUACCACAUCCUACAAUUGGUGUUGCCUAAUAGGAGAACAGUAAGUUAAGUACGAACUAGUGAGAGCUAAUGGAAACAAACUAUAGAUUCAACCACUAUACGCAAGAACACAAAGAAAACGAAUAAGAACAUACUUUAAAUCAUCUGAGACAAUCCGAAAAUGUUCAACGAAAGAUCGAUCGAGAUUACUUGUUGUAAUUUGGCACUCGUUAUGAUUGACAGCAACUCAACAACCAGUCAAAACAUGAAGCUGGUCAACAUAAAUA